AUGGGUGACAUCUUCAAACAGGCACAAGUUGUAGUUGCCUGGCUAGGUGCAGGUGACGAUGAUACCAAUUAUGCCAUGGAUCAUAUUGGAAAUCCUCAACCACAAACAGACUACAACCCUCUCAUAUUCUCCGAAUGUGCCGAAAAGCUUCUGAGAGCUACUUACUGGACGCGACGAUGGGUUAUCCAGGAAUUUGCCCUGGCGCGGGAAAUCAAGGUUACCUGUGGCCAACAUUUGAUCGGAUGGGAUAGAUUCGCAAACAAGAUCAACGACGAGAUCCUCAGUAUUGGCGUUCCGGCCAAACAGACGCUCGAAAGCUUCAAGCGCUUGAGGUCCCCAGAGCCACAAUGGCGAAUGAGAUUGUUAGAGCUGAUGGACCUAUUCCAAGAUGCACGCUGCGCUGAGCAGCUUGACAGGGUUUUCGCGCUUCGCAGCCUUGCAGUAGACCUACAAUGGCUGUCACCCGAUUAUCGGGAGACUGUUAGUAACCUUUACUUCCAAUUGCUCUCUAGAUUGCCUACUGAGAGGGUUGUGCCCGAGAUGUAUGGAUAUCGGUGGCCACACGAAGCUGCAAGUCGGUUGUUAAGGUGCAUGCAGAUGACGAAAGACAACAUACUCAACUCAUUAAAGGGCACUUCGACAGACCGUCUCUUUGUUGUGUUUGAAUACGUUGGCUCGGUCGCCAAGGUCUCUACCGUAAGUCAGAGUUCAACAGAAGACCUCCUGGGGGACAAUUUCACUUCUUUCCCCCUUGAAGUUCAACUUCAUGGUGACCCCCCGCCAGUUCUUCGCGGCAGUAUAGGCCUCCUGCCCGGGGAUCUGGUCUACAGCUUACGAUCAACGUCGCGCUCACCGAAAGGCUUUUAUAUAGCCUUUAGACCCUCCGUGAUGGACCAGGCCGUCACCGGUAUGAUCAUUGAAUGGCCAGAGAAAAAUAAAAAGUGGGAGGGAGACUACCCGUGGGCCACCCGCCUGCCGAACGAGGAACUCCGUGGCAAGAGAGUUGAAUCGAUCAAACAUGUGGUCCUUGGGGGAGUGUCGAAGUGUUCUCGUAACAACGCAGCUUUUUCGUCGCCAUCGCAUCCGAGAGUCCUCUGUCACAUCAACAGGGUUGCACUCAUUCUACUAUGGCUCCUUGAUGCCCAGCAGCUUGACCACCUUUGGGCGAUUCGUGAGAAGAUUGAAAAAGACCUCGUAACGACGCGACCAUCAUGCAACUGCGCUGGAGAUAAAUUAGGACCACAGGAGCAUGGUCCCGGGACUGGCGAACACCAGAAUCGCACGAUCGAGAUACUGCCUUCCUCAGAGUUUUAUAUGGACAAGUUCUGGGCUGAAGAAAUGACUCCACCUUGGAUUGACCAGGUCCAACAUGCGCAACAAGAGCAACUUGAAGACGAAGGGUUUUCCAGGGAAUUCAAGGACAACCCCUUCAAUUUUAAUUGCCUGGAUGAAACUCCUUUAUUCCAUGCUGCCAAGGCUGGGUUUCUCCUUUCUGUGAAGCAUCUGGUCUCAGGUGGCAAUGUUAGGGUCAAUUGGCGAAAUUCUAGGGAGCAAACGCCGCUGUUGGUUACGGCUCUCAAAGGCUAUGAUGAGGUCGUGAAGUUUCUCAUGGAUGCUGGUGCGGAUGUCAAUGUUCAAGAUAAAGGUGGCCUGACCGCACUAAUGGCAGCGUCUUUAUCUGGCUAUGAUAAGGUGGUGAAGAGCCUGGUUGAUGCCGGUGUGAAUCUCGAUACCGAAGCUGGAUAUCACUUGGCCCCUCUGAAGAGAUUCGGCCUUUAUUGCCCUGAAAUAGUGAAGUUUAUGGUUGAUGGUCGCGGAUAUAUCGAUGCCUAUGCCGAAGAUGAAUUUGACUAUGGCGCGGAACAUGUGGCAGCGUUUAAAAAACUGGCAGAGCGUCUGAUUGAUACCCGUACGGCCAUCAAGGCUCCAGAUGGACCCAGCGAAACCGCGCUAAGGUUGGCAUCGGAUGGAGGCUAUGAUGAGGUGGUGAAGAUUCUGGUUGAUGCCGGUGCGAAUAUCGAUCUUCAAGAUAAAUAUGGUGAAAGCGCGUUACUGAAGGCAUCGGGUCGUGGCUUUGAUAAGGUGAUUCUGAUUGAUGCCGGUGCGAACAUCGAUCUUCAAGAUGAAUAUGGUAAAAGCGCGUUACUGAAGGCAUCGGGUCGUGGCUUUGAUAAGGUGGUGAAGAUUCUGGUUGAUGCCGGUGCAGAUAUCAAUGGUGCGCUUGUUGAAGCAUCGUCCGCGAAUCGAGUGGCUGCGGCCAGGAUUCUACUCGAUGCUUGGGGGAAUGAAUUACCUCGGGAGAAGCUUGACAAAGCACUUUUAGUCGCAGCGGAGCAUGGCCGUGUCGAGAUGGUGGAGCUACUGUUGGGUACCCUGGCAAACAUCAAUGCUGAAUUUGAGAAGAGUGCGUUGCAGGGAGCGAUCAAGGCGGCCUCGGGGAUGCGUUAUCCAAACGACAGGGCGAAGGAGGGUCGUAAAAGCGUGGUGAAGCUACUGCGGGAAGCUCUGGCACGGCUGGACAAUUGA